AUGUCUAUAGCAGUGACUAAUUGCUGCUUAUCUGCCAUCUCCUCUACCGUCAGGUUUCGCUGCUCUGCUUCUUCUUCACGCCGUCUUCUCGCCACCAACUCAUCCGUUUCCUGCGUCGCCUCCAAAGCUUUCAACCAUAACAGAAAGCACUCAAAGCGCGGUUCUCCUGAUGACAGAACCAAUAAUAAGGAUGUAAGUCUUUCUUCUCCUGUAAAUUUCAGUGUUUUUGUCCGUGUUUGCAAUGUCUUGUUGGGUAUUUAUUUGAAUUGUGGCGUUCAGAGAAAGGCCGUUUCUCAGAAGAAAUCUGCUGGUAGAGCAAAAGACGAGAGGUCUUCUCCUUUCCAAGCCGAUGCCAAAAGUGGCAAUGCUAAGCCAUUUGGAGCACAGAGAAAAGAUAACAAGAGCUUUCAAUUUGAUUUGAAGGAACAACCGGUCGGAGCUGGGAACCUUCAGGGUGCAGCUUUCCUAAAUGCGGUAGUCAAGGUUUACUGCACCCAUACGACACCUGAUUAUUGUCUCCCGUGGCAAAAACAAAGGCAAUUUACAAGUACUGGGAGUGCUUUUAUGAUAGGGAACGGGAAACUUCUAACAAAUGCACAUUGUGUCGAAUAUCAAACACAGGUCAAAGUGAAGAGAAGGGGAGAUGACACGAAGUAUGUGGCCAAGGUGUUGGCCAGGGGUGUUGAUUGUGAUAUUGCUUUGCUCGCUGUUGAAAGUGAGCAAUUUUGGGAGGGGGCUGAACCAUUACAGUUGGGUCACUUGCCCCAUCUACAGGAAGCAGUAACUGUAGUAGGAUAUCCACUUGGAGGCGAUACUAUUUCAGUUACAAAGGGAGUUGUAUCACGGAUAGAGGUUACUUCGUAUGUACAUGGAUCAUCUGAUUUACUUGGCAUUCAAAUUGAUGCAGCCAUAAAUCCUGGUAAUAGUGGUGGUCCAGCAUUCAAUGACUGUGGGGAGUGCAUUGGUGUGGCGUUCCAGGUUUACAGAUCUGAAGAGGCUGAAAAUAUUGGAUAUGUCAUUCCAACAACUGUGGUCACUCACUUCUUGAGUGACUAUGAGAGGAAUCAGAAAUACACUGGCUUUCCUUCGCUUGGUGUAUUACUGCAAAAGUUGGAGAACCCAGCACUAAGGGAGUGUUUGAAAGUUCCAUGUAGUCAGGGUGUGCUUGUACGGAGAGUUUAACCAACAUCUGAAGCAAAUAGAGUGUUAAAAGAGGGUGAUGUGAUUGUGAGCUCUGAUAACAUUAAAGUAGGGUGUGAAGGAACUGUGCAGUUCCGGUCAAAUGAGCGCAUUGCAUUCCGUUUCCUUAUUAGUCAAAUAUUUGCAGGUGAUGUAGCAGAGCUUGGUAUUAUCAGAAAUGGUGAAUCCAUGCAAGUUCAAGUGGUCCUAAAUCCAAGAGUUCAUUUGGUGCCUUAUCAUGUAGUGAUGUAGAUGGCGAUCAGCCUUCUUACUUGAUAACCGCUGGUUUAGUGUUUACUCCUCUCUCGGAACCACUAAUAGAUGACGAAUGUGAAGAUUCCAUCGGAGUAUGCUCUAAGUUCUCCAAACUAAUAAUAGUUAACAGUUUCUUACUAUAUGUGCUCUGAUGCUUGUUUUCCGAUGAAUCUAUUUUCUUUUACAGUUGAAGCUUUUAACAAAGGC